AUUUGGGUGGGGCGGGCCCCCCUUUUACCUAAAAUAAGGUCAACCCGGCCGGGGUCAACACUCCAAAACAGCCUACUUCUCAAAUUCAUCGUUAAUCAUGGAUUUUGAUCGCCCUCAGUCACCGGAACCAAUUCGAUCUGGCAGUUUCACGUACAGCAAGAAUGGAAUCGCAGCAUGUAACAUCUCUCGAGCGCCCCUUUCCGAGUUGAAACAACUUUUUCGGAAGAAUGCCUCGAGCACCCGUGUUGCAGUUGCUACAAGGCCAUGGCUCACGGCCCAGUUACAGCUCUAUGGAAUCCCCUUCCAGAAGUCAAGAACUGCUCCUCAAUUGAAGGCUACACUUGAAGACGCUGUGCGUGCUGGAAAGUGCAAUUCUCUUGCACCAUCCAUAGCUGCAUUCGAAAAAUCAUUAUCAGAGGAGUAUCAGCAGCAAUUAGCGGCCCAUUCUGAGGAUGUUAAUUCUUGGAAAGACGCCGUGUUCUCUUCGCUGAGUUCACCAGUUGAGGAAGCCCACUUCGACCUUGAUCGAUUUAUGGCCAAGUACUUUCUUGACCACCUUCAUGGGCAACCCGCGCCAGAAAAGACAAAGGAACCACUAGUUCUUGAAAACUUCAACCAUGGAUCAGAACUACAAAAAGCUACACAAGCUAUCCCAGGUCUUGCGGCGCAUACUACGGACCGCCUCACCGUGGUUGGCUGGGCCACUGAGCUUCAACGUGGGAUAGAUACAGCCUUUGCAAAUCUGUCCUCACCUGAUGCCAAAUUUGACAUUCCCACAUUAGAGGCAGCCUUCGAUCUCGAUCGUUUUCUGGGGAAAUACUUUCUUAACGGCUUGAAUGGAAAGCCUGCACCAUCUAAGACUCCAAAUCCAAUCACCCUGGACCCAUUUUUCCGACACAUUUCCAAACUCGAGAUGGCAGUCGCAUCGAUCCCAGGACUUAAUCUCUGUAUGGUUGAAGGUAUUUUCAAUUUAAAGUACACAGUCAUCGGUUGGGAUCUCGGUAAGAUAAAGUUGCGGGUAAGGGAAAUCGCAGAGAAGAAAACCAGAUAUAAGGCUGAGAAGGCCGCUGAAGAAUUGGCUGAAAAGGAGAAAAGGUGGCAGGAGAUUCUCCAACCCCACCAGGAAUAUAAAAACAGCCACCGAGCUUUACCUGGACCUCUUGCUUUGGGCCACCUUGCUGGAUCAUAUGUCGUUCGAUGUGAGCCACUUGAGGGAUAUUAUGAUGAAGGUGCAAUUAUUACGCUUAACAUCAUGCAGCCAAGCAGUAUCCACGGGACUACAGCAGUAUUUGACUUUGGAAUGAUUGAAGGUACAAUGCUGUUAGCAUUGUCCCACGACGCACUAGAACCACUCCGACUAGAAAUGGAUGUUGAUUCUGAUGAGGAGGAACUUGAUCGAGAAUCCGAUUCUGACGAUUACACCGGUAAUCGGAAACGAAAGAAGAAAGAAUCCAACAACACAAACCAAAUACAGAUCAAACGCAGACUAGGGGAAACUCCCGUUCCAAAUCGUCUUUACUUUCAAUGGGCUGGGAGAGAAACAGGGAACGGUGAGAUCCAAACGGAUCCUGAUAACAAGCACACUGGCUAUCUUGAUUUCAAUGAGGGCAAGACGUCUGCUCGAGGGGAGUUCCUCUAUCCUGCAUUCUUCCUCAAUGAGAAAGUCAAACUUGAAAUUUAUAAGGUUGCUGAUCAACCAUCCGGAACCCCGGCGCGCUGGUCGAGUUUCAGCGAAAAGCAAUGGGACUAUGAAUGCGAUGCGCGAUGGGGUAAAUGCCGACCAGGUGUCCUAGUUGGCAGAACACGCAUGAAGGCCUAUGAUACAAGUACGAUAAGCUUCUAAGAUGAAUAUUAGGGACAGAAGGUAAACCCGACAUUUAAUAAAUAACGCUUCUAAGACAAAGAAUAUUAGGGAAGAUCUUAUUUCAAAUACAGCAUGAAGGAGGUUAUUAAGUUUAUCUAAAGAAUUUCCUAGCAAUAAGAUAAUCAUUUAAAAGUAUCUAAGAG